AGCGAAGCGGAGCCCAGGACGUCAUCUUGCUGCCAUUAUUAGCGUCGCUGGCCCGCGCUCCAAUGGACGCUGCACGUGAAGAUGCUUACUCAGCCCUUAUGUCAGCCGCCCUCGCCCGUCCCCAAACCAGCCGAAUGCGCUUGGUGGACUCUCGGCGCCGGAAUCUGGGGUAAAGCCGACAUCAAGCGCGUCCGCCGAGGAGCAUGAGCCGAGCGUCCGCACUCACUCCUUCCGCCUGGGGCAUGGGGUGAACGAAUUGCUCUGCUCUGCUGUGUAGAGCACUGCUACAGUCCACCGCGGUUCCUCAGUACAACACACCAUGGCCGCCAAAACACCCUCAAUGCGCGCCCUGUCGCGGUAUCUGCUCAGGCCUCAAGCGUCGCUCCACCCAACACGUCCUUCCAAGCCCCACAGCAAGCAGUAUUCCGCUGCAGCAGCUGGUGCAAGACUGAACGUCCCGCUGGAGUACGACUCGACGCCUCUUCUGAACCACACGUCAAAGUCAGCACUCGCGAAUCCAGAGCUGCCAGAGCACAUCCGGAAAGGGCAAACAAAGCGCAUCAACCUCUACACCGCGGUGAACGAGGCCCUCCGCUAUGCGCUGCAGACCGACGAGAGGGUGCUCGUGUUUGGUGAAGACAUCCAGUUCGGCGGCGUAUUCCGCUGCACCAUGAACCUCGCCGCAGACUUCGGCACAGACCGCGUCUUCAACACGCCACUGAGCGAGCAGGGCCUCGUCGGCUUUGCCAUUGGGGCAGCCGCAGAGGGGCUGAGGCCAGUCGCCGAGGUCCAGUUCGCCGACUACGUCUUCCCAGCAUUCGACCAGAUCCACAACGAAGCAGCCAAGUACCGCUACAGAUCCGGGAGCACAGGCGUCCACUGCGGCGGCCUCACAAUCCGGAUGCCCAGCGGCAGCGUCGGGCACGGAGCCCUAUACCACACCCAGUCCCCCGAGGCCCUCUUCACCCACACCCCCGGCCUCCGUGUCGUCGUCCCGCGGUCGCCUGUGCAAGCAAAGGGCCUCCUGCUAUCCUCUAUCCGCGCCGCCGACCCUGUCAUCUUCAUGGAACCCAAGAUCCUGUACCGCGCCGCCGUCGAGCAGGUCCCCGUCGACGCCUACUACCUCCCCCUCGACAAAGCCGAGGUCCUCAAGACGGGCAAAGACGUGACCAUUGUCUCGUACGGGACACCGCUGUACACGUGUUCGGCAGCCAUCGCCGCGGCAGAGAAGGACUUUGGGUGCAGCGUGGAGCUGAUCGAUCUGCGCACGAUCUACCCGUGGGACCGGGAGACGGUGCUGAGCAGCGUGAAGAAGACGGGGCGCGCCAUCGUGGUGCACGAGAGCAUGAUGAACGCCGGCGUCGGCGCAGAGGUCGCGGCGACCAUCCAGGAGCAGGCUUUCUUGAGGCUGGAGGCGCCCGUCAAGCGGGUUGCGGGGUGGGCGACACACACGGGGCUGGUGUUUGAGAAGAUCAUCAUUCCGGAUGUGACGAGAGUAUACGACGCGAUCAAAAAGACGAUAGACUACUAGCAGUGAAGGUAAAAGUAAAAGUAGAAUCAACAUCUGAAUCAAAUUCAAAUUCAAGAUCAGGAUCAAAAUCAGGAUCAACAUCUGAA